AUGGCUUUACUACUCUCCUUGAUCCUUGCCAUUUGCACUGGACCUGGCCUGUUAGAGUCUUCAUACAGAGUGCAACUGGUGAGAGGCCCCCACCGUUGUGAAGGGCGGGUGGAGGUGGAACAGAAGGGUAAGUGGGGCACCGUGUGUGAUGAUGGCUGGAACUUGAAGAAUGUGGAUGUCGUGUGCCGGGAACUAGGCUGUGGAGCAGCCAAGGGAACACCCAGCGGUUAUGUAUAUAAGCCACUGGCAGAAGAAAACCAAGACAUCUUCAUCCAAGAGGUCAAGUGCAAUGGAAUGGAAGAUACACUGGCUCAAUGUGAGAUAGACAAUCAGAAUCAUUGGAGUUGUACCCACAGAGAAGAUGCAGGAGCAUCAUGUGAGCAUCCUUUUGAACUGAAGCUGGAAGGAGGGGACAGCCACUGCUCUGGGAGACUGGUGGUGUUGCACAAGGGUGUAUGGGGCUCUGUCUGUGAUGAUGGCUGGGGUAAAAAGGAGAACCAGGUGGUAUGCAAGCAACUGGGUUGUGGAAAUCCCCUUUCUCCACCCCUCAAUGCUAAGAAGCACUUUGGCUCAGGGGUUGGUCAAAUCUGGCUAGAUGAUGUUCGUUGCUCAGGAAGAGAGAAGUCCCUGGAACAGUGUCGACACAGGUUCUGGGGGUAUCAUGACUGUACCCACAAGGAAGAUGUAGCUGUGAUCUGCUUAGUCCCAAAGACUGUGCGGCUGGCUGAUGGCCCUGGACGCUGUAUAGGACGAGUGGAGGUGAAGCACCAGAACCAGUGGGGCACUGUGUGCAAAGCAAGCUGGAAUCUCCAGGCAGCCAAGGUGGUAUGCCGACAGCUGGGAUGUGGCCGGGCCACACUGACCCAAAGAUGCUGUAGCAGAGCUAUGCAGGGCCAAGGGCCCAUAUGGCUGAGUCAGGUAUCAUGCUCAGGAAAAGAACUAACCCUUCAGGAUUGCCCCUCCAGGCCUUGGGGAAUGAACAACUGCACUCAUGAUGAAGAUACGUGGGUCCAGUGUGAAGGUAAUGCUUACAAUCACAGAGCCUAG